GUGUUUCUGUUUGGGUCUGAGCAGGAGGGAGACUGCAGAGCACAGCGGUCUGUGUUCACACGCUGCAACCACUGGGUGUAAAACCAGUCAGAUCGGCUUUAUAAGGCUCCCAUCCGGUGUUUAAUGAGGAUUAUAUAUCAUAGGUAGGAAGGCUGCUGCCCCGGACAGACAGGCAGCCAGGUAGCCGGAGGUGAUCCUGCUGUCCAGCUGCUGGAUGAACCAUGGCGAUCCGAGCCACGGUGAUCUACGACUUCCACUCUGAAAACCCGGGGGAGCUGUCGGUGAAGGAGGGAGAAAUCCUCACUCUGGUCAGCGAGCAGGACAUAGAUGGAUGGCUGGAGGGCUGCAACGGCAAAGGGGACAGAGGACUGGUACCCGCCUCCUACGUGGAGAUCCAGGGGAAGGAGGUGAACAGCUACAGCACCUCCUCAGAGUCCCGCUACUCUAACGUCCCGGCUGGAGGCUUUGAGAACUUCUCUACAAACCCCCCUGUAGGGUUCACCUCCUAUACAGCACCGCUGCAGCAGCACAACAACAACAAACAACACAGCCAAGGCAGUGAUGAUGACUGGGAUGAUGACUGGGAUGACAGCUCCACUGUGGCUGAUGAGCCAAUGGGAGGAAGGUACCAGGACUCAGAGGGCAAUGGCCCCUCCAAGUACAGGGUGACAACAUAUGGGGGGCAGAGAGGGAAUGCAAUGCAGGGGAAGAGCUCAGCCACUGUGAGUAGGAACCUAAACCGCUUCUCCACCUUCGUUAAGUCAGGAGGAGAGGCGUUUGUGCUCGGGGAGGCUUCAGGCUUUGUGAAGGACGGGGAUAAGAUCUGUGUGGUGAUGGGGCAGUACGGUCCAGAGUGGCAGGAGAACCCUUACCCCUUCUCCUGCACUAUCGAUGAUCCAACCAAGCAGACCAAGUUUAAAGGGAUGAAGAGCUACAUGUCCUAUAAGCUGACCCCCACACACACCCAGAACCCGGUAAGCAGGAGGUACAAGCACUUUGAUUGGCUCUACGCCCGCCUGGCGGAGAAGUUCCCGGUCAUCUCUGUGCCGCACCUCCCAGAGAAGCAGGCCACAGGCCGCUUCGAGGAGGACUUCAUCUCCAAGAGGAGGAAGGGGCUCAUAUGGUGGAUGAACCAUAUGACUAGCCACCCGGUGCUGUCCAAGUGUGACGUCUUCCAGCACUUCCUGAUCUGCUCGGACGAGAAGGCCUGGAAGCAGGGCAAGAGGAAGGCCGAGAAGGACGAGCUGGUGGGGGCCAACUUCUUCCUCACCAUCAGCAUUCCCCCGGCUCCCCUCGACUUCCAGGAGGUGGAGAGCAAAAUCGACGGGUUCAAGACGUUUACCAAGAGGAUGGACGACAGCACCAUGCAGCUCAAUGCCACCGUGGGAGAGUUUGCUCGCAAGCAGAUGGGGGGAUUUAGGAAGGAGUACCAGAAGGUGGGGAUGUCCUUCAAGGCCCUGAGCCAAGCCUUUGAGAUGGACCAGCAGUCGUAUUCACUGGGUCUCAACCACGCCAUCUCCCUCACUGGAGAUGCCUAUGAAGCCAUAGGGGAGUAUUUUUAUGAACAGCCCAGCAAAGAUCUGGACCCAGUUAUGGAUUUGUUAGCGCUUUACCAAGGUCACCUGGCAAACUUUCCAGAUGUCAUCCAUGUCCAAAAAGGAGCCUUGACGAAGGUGAAGGAGAGCCAGAAGCACGUGGAGGAGGGCAAGAUGGACAGGUCGCAGGCGGAUGGCAUCAACGACCGCUGCAACAUCAUUUCCUGCGCCACGUUGGCUGAGAUCCAGCACUUCCACCAAAUCCGAGUGAGAGACUUCAAGGCCCAGAUGCAGCACUAUCUCCAGCAGCAGAUCGCUUUUUUCCAGAAGAUAACGGGCAAACUAGAGGAGGCUCUGCAGAAGUACGACAACCUGUAACGGAUUGAUCUGUCGUCUUGAAUCACCUACGAACGGCCGCGCCUCUCACUUGAUGGACCAUGGGAUUUUGGCAAGAGAUGGGGAGUUCCACACAGAGGCUGCUAGGAGCUCUUUUUAUGGCGAGACGGGGCGUCAAGAAGACGACACAAAACAGAAUCCUGCUUUGCAUUUUUGUCUGAAACUUAGACAUUUAUUUUUUGGGAAAUUAGGUCAGUUUUAAAUGCAAACCAGUUGGGUGGACUUUUUUUCUCUUUAGGAAUCAAUAAUAAUAAUAAUAAUGAAAAAAGCCCUCCAACUGAUCGGAUUCAUGGUGGAAAUACAUGAAGGCAUUAUGAUGACGAGCAGGAGAGACGCCUAUUUUCACCGUUGCCUACAAUCUGGUGCAAACGUUCGUACAUCAGGAGUUUUUUGGCCUUACAGUGCAGUUUUUAAACAAAUGUUGACUGGCAGUGAAACGCCAGGAAACGCUCCUUCAAUAUUUAUUCUCAGACAAACAGGACAGAAUGUUUACAGCCUCUUCAUGGAGCAGCCACUGUCAGUUACUUCGCUGUGCCUUUUAAAAACGUCUCUCUGGUCAUUUUUUGUUACUUAUUCCUAAUAAACUUUAUGUACAGAUAUAAAACAGAAAUAUAAUCCCAUUUGUUUUUACAAGCCUGCAACCUAUAGAUUGGAAUGUAUUUUAUAAAUUGUUCUUUUUUUUUUAAAGUACUUUCCAGGAUUACAUUGAUAAAACUGGAACACCCUGCUCACAGCAAGCACUAAUGCUCCUAUUUCUGCAUGCACAAUUUAGAGAACAACAAAAACACUUUUUUUUUUUUUUUUACACUUUAUGUGUGUAUCUAUGUCAGCAGAAUGUCUGUUUGGGUUAACAGAAGCGAGUUAAUAGGAGUGUUUCUAACCAUGUUUUUUUAUAAUGCAAACCUUUUUACAGCCGCAUCACUGAUGCUUUUAAACUUCGUGAUGUAAUUUGGUCGCAUCAAAAGGCAAUGAUUGUAGAACAGAUGCAAUUAAAUUUAUCCUAUCACUAAAAUAUAUGGCAGCUUGUCUUGUGUUUUGUUGAAUAUU